UGACACUGCAGGUUGGUGCCACCACCCUGAGAUCCAUCUCUCUGCUCUGCUCCAGGUUCUCCAUCAGUUUCUCCUACUACGGGCUGGCCAUGGACCUGCAGAACUUCGGGGUCAGCAUUUACCUCAUCCAGGUGAUCUUCGGCGCCGUGGAUUUCCCGGCCAAGGUGGUGGUGACUAUCUCGCUGAGCUACGUGGGCCGGCGCCUGUCCCUCGCGAUCGCGCUCUUCCUGGCGGGCUUGGCCAUCAUCGCCAACAUCUUCGUGCCCACAGAGCUGCAGACGCUGCGCACGGCGCUGGCAGUGCUGGGCAAGGGCUGCCUCUCAGCCUCCUUCAACUGCGUCUUCCUCUACACCACCGAGCUCUACCCCACCCCCAUCAGGCAGACGGGGCUGGGCUUCGGCAGCACCAUGGCCCGUGUCGGUGGCAUCGUGGCACCGCUGGUGAAGAUGCUGGAUGAGUCCUCCCCCCGCCUCCCCCCUGCGGUCUAUGGGGUGGCCCCGGUGGUGGCGGCCGUGGUGGCCGCGUUCCUUCCGGAGACACUCAACAUGCCCCUGCCUGACACCAUCCAGGAGGUGGAGAGCAGGUGA